CUCCACUGGAGUUUUCUCACGACGAUGACCGAGACUGGCGAUGAGUUGGUCCAUUAGUGCCUAGUCAUGGCCCAGCGGGCGAUUUGGCUGGUGAGCCACGAACCAGGAACCCCGCAUGGCGGGACCGUGAGAUUCUCAAGAAGAUAUCCCACUGUUGAAAAACGAGCCAAAAUCUUCAAUGGAUCAAGUUAUGUACCUCUACCAGAAGAUGACCCCUUCUGUAAAGCUCUGCUUUUUGAACUCAGGCUAUUGGAUGAUGAUAAGGACUUUGUGGAGAGCCGUGAUAGCUGUUCACGAAUCAACAAAGCUUCAGUCUAUGGACUUCCAAUAGAAGGAAGAGAACUGUGGCCUGUUCUUGCCUUUCAGAAGAAUAGUCUGAUUUAUGUUAGCAUUCCACUAGUUGAGCAAACUUUGUCUCCUCCUCCACCACUCAUUAGCAUUAGUGGAAUCUCACAAGCCUUUGAUCUACUUUUUGGGUUGAUUGAUUUUUUUGACUCUGGGCCCAAGACUGAAGUUGAUCUAAGUACUAAAGUGAGCCAGCUACCUGAUUUGCUCAUGCACAUUUGUCCAUUUGGCACUUUGUUAGAUUCCAACUUCUUAUUAGAUAAUUUUAAUAAUCUUUCAAUAAAUCAAACCCUAAAACAACCAGCAUGGAAAGCUGGUACUUACAAAGGAAAGCAACAAGUUGCUGUUUCUGUCACUGAAAAAGUUAAAUCCAUGCAGUAUGAUAAGCGGGAUGUAGCAGAUAUGUGGCAAGUUUAUGGAACUAUAACCUGUAAGUGUGAUUUGGAAGGAGUCAUGCCAAACAUUAUUGUCAGUUUGAAUCUCCCCACCAAUGGAUCUCCACUUCAAGAUAUUCUGGUGCAUCCUUGUGUGACUUCCCUUGACUCUGCUGUUCUUACUUCCAGUAGUGUUGAUAUAAUGGAUGAUUCUGCAUUUAGUGGACCUUACAAAUUUCCAUUCAGUCCUCCUUUAGAGUCAUUCCACUUGUGCUACUAUACUUCUCAGGUACCUGUCCCACCAAUUUUGGGAUUUUAUCAACUGAAGGAAGAAGAUUCACAGUUAAAAAUAAAUGUCCAUUUAAAACUUCAUGAAAGUGUGAAAAAUAGCUUUGAGUAUUGUGAAGCUCAUAUACCAUUUUUUAACAGAGGGCCAAUCACCCAUUUGGAAUACAAAGUUAGUUUUGGCCAGGUAGAAGUAUCACGAGAGAAAAGUUUAUUAAUCUGGAUUAUAGGGCAAAAAUUCCCCAAAUCAUUGGAAAUUAAUCUUUCUGGAACUGUGAAUUUUAAUUCUAUGGGUCAUCAGAAGCAACCAGUUGACACUAUUUGUAUUGGGGGUACAACAUAUGUAAAACUUUAUUUUAGGAUCCCAGAUUAUACACUCACUGGGUGUUAUGCCGAUCAGCAUUCAGUUCAAGUGUUUGCAUCAGGAAAACCUAAAAUAAGCACAUGCCGGGAAUUGAUUUCAUCUGAUUACUAUAUCUGGAAUUCCAAAGCCCCUGCACCAAUAACAUAUAGAUCAUUAUUGCUAUAAUUUUCUAAUAUUUAAAAGGAGGAUUAUUUAAGUCAUAUAACACAAUUACAAUAAAAUUACUGUCUUUUACUUUUUAA